AUGCCAAUCUAUCUCAGCAUGCAGCGCGUGCGCUUCUCCAGCCCGGACGCCUACGAAAAAUUCAAAGUUCUCUUUGCCGGUACACGACGACACCUGAUGGGACUUCCCGGCUUUCUUCACCUCACGUGGUGGGAGCAUCCUGACGACCGAAACUGGUAUAAUGAAUGCAGUUUUUGGACUAGCCGCGGCGCAUUAUACGAUUGGCAUAAGAACACUUACCACAAGCAUUGCAAAGCCUGGGCGGCCAACGGCGCCAUUAUGGAAGACAUCAUCAAUAACUUCGAGCUCGUUAGCACUCGACUACUUCGGAUAUGCCCCGUAUGCAACGAGAGCCAGGAUAAGAAGUAUGAUCUUGCCCAGGAGCAAGCCGUGUUGAACGAGCGGUGUCCCAAGUGCGGGUUUCAUUUUCCUGUUCUAGAGGAAACACCCUCGAGCUUUGCGGUGUUCAAAGACGUGGUGCCCACUGAAGUGGUGGCGGGAAGUGGCGAACAUGUUUAA